AAAAACCCUGCGUUUUCACCAAACGUUUGUCAACGUUUUUUGAGGUUAAAACGCUUGUUUUUACACGUGUUGUUGCGGCUCCUCCGUGAAGCGAUAAAUCGCCGAGAGGUUGUCUGAAUUCAGUCUUUUAAGUGACCAUAACUUGCAAUAAAAUGGUAGAGGAAGUGAACCCCAAAGCCUACCCUUUGGCCGAGGCCAUCCUCACGACCAAAAUCCUGAAUCUCGUGCAACAGGCCAUGAACUACAAGCAGCUCCGCAAGGGGGCUAACGAAGUCACCAAGACCCUGAACCGCGGUAUUGCGGCUUUUAUUGUGAUGGCGGCUGACGCCGAACCUUUGGAGAUUCUCCUGCAUUUGCCACUGCUUUGCGAAGACAAGAACGUGCCGUAUGUCUUCGUCCGUUCGAAACAGGCACUGGGGCGCGCUUGUGGCGUCUCAAGGUCGGUCAUUGCUUGCAGUGUUACUAUAAAUGAGGGGUCGCAGCUGAAGCCACAAAUUGAGGCCAUUCAGCAGGAAAUCGAGCGCUUGCUCGUUUAAUGUACAAUUUAUUCAUAGUUUAACUUUUCAAUAAACGUUUUUUUCUAAU